AUGUCAGACAACAUACCAUUCGAAAUGCAAAUGGAAAUCAUGAAAAAGCUUUCUGUCAAAUCCUUGAUUCAGUUCCGGUCCGUCUGCAAAGCAUGGAAGUCUCUCAUCGAUAGACCUGAUUUCAUUACGCAGUACAACGGCCAACACACAAACCCCCAACAUCUAUUUCUAACCUAUUGUGAUUGUGAGGAUAAGUAUGUUUCAAUUGCUAAUGAUCAUACUUUUCCCCACCACAAAGUUCCCCUCACUUUCCCACAAUGGCUUUUAGAUUAUGAUCUAAUCGGCUGCUCUCAUGGCUUGUUGUGUUUGUCUUAUUAUGAGGACCAGACCAGAAUAGCUAUUAUUUGGAAUAUUUUGAUUCGAAAAGCAAUUGCUGUACUUGUGCCUAAUGUGGCUGGUGGGGAGGUUUAUGAAAAUGUUUUAGGUUUUGGGGUUGGCCGCGAGACUACCGACCCGAAAAUUGUCAAGAUUACACCUAUUCGGAGUCAGAGUGCUAUGGAAAGUGUAACUUGGCAUGCUGAGGUUUUUACUUUAAGCACAGGGACUUGGAGAUCUCCAUAUAGCGGCAAUCUUCCUCGUAGUUCAAUUGAGUUUGACAGUUACUGUGAUCAGGUAGUUACUAUAGAUGGGUCUAUUUAUUGGCUUGCUGCUGAUAGGGCUGAUGUGGAUGGUGGGUUUAGGUUCGAUUAUACGAUUAUUUCGUUUGAUUUCACCCGUGAAGAAUUUAAAGAAGUGAGCCUCCCAGAUAGUUUAGCACACCAGAGGUAUAAACAUAUUUUGUCCGUGUUAAAACUAAAGGAGUCUCUUGUUGUGCUUGAACGUGUCAAUGAUCUGGCUUACGAUGUAUCGAUGAUGGAGGAUGGGGUUUCUAAACUGUUUACAAGGCUAUCCACUAUUAAUGUUAGCACACGAGAUGCAAAAGUAAAGGGAUUUAGAAAGAGUGGUGAACCUAUAAUUGGCUGGGGUUACUAG